AUGACGACCGAAUUUCUUAGUUUUAUGUCAAGAGAUUUCAGUCGACUACUCGAAAGAGCCGACAAUUUUGAUGUUGCUGUUGAAAUAGGUGUUGAGUCGAAUAAAAAAAUCUUUAAUGCUCAUUCCGUAAUUCUUCGUGCUAGAUCUAGCUAUUUUGAUCGAGCACUGUCCGCUGAUUGGGCAAGCGUUGAAAAUGGCACGAUUAAAUUUAAGAAAGAUGAUAUUUCGCCAAAUGUUUUUUCGGUCAUUUUAAAUUAUCUUUACGGUGCCACUAUCCCUCUUGACCAACAAAGUGCUUCGCUAAUUCUCGAGAUACUAAUUGCAGCAGACGAAUUCAGCCUGGAUGAAUU